CGUUGUCCUCUGGCCUCGACCAUUUCCAGGUCAUUGAUCUGGAAUCAUGUUUUCACUUACUGUACACUUAUUUUAGAUCAGUGACUCAACAAAUGCCAACACUAAACACAGCAAGGCAACUGUUAUUUUCAGCCCCAGGUCAGUGAUGACAGCCUGUAUGCUUCUACUACUCAUGCAAGUUCUGGCUGCAAGUGUGUCCCCCAAUAUAUCAUUGAUAAGUGGAGUCUAAUGGGCUGAGCAUGAGAGUUCCUGCAGAGAGCUGGCUCCAGCAGGUGAAGAUUAAGGGUGGUUUUAAAAAUAAUUUUCACACAGGGUCUGUAUUAAUCCCUGAGGCUCCUACAUUGUAAUAAUUCGGAUGACAGUUGUGUCUCUUCUCAGUAACAGAACUCACUCCACCAGUAGAUCGGAGAAGGAAGAUCUGUAGAAGAUACUCUCUGGGGAAGGUGGGGGGUCAUCUGCCACUUCCAUACAACACCAUUUUAGUCUCAGAUUUCUAUCAGAUCGCGGCUUUCUAAGACCUGGAGAAUGUAAAGUAUCUACAGAACAGUUUGAACAUCUUUUGUUUAAUCUGGAGUCAUUUAUCCAAGGUGGCUCGUUUUUGUUAUGACAUGACAUUGGGUUUUCUACUCACGGUGGCUCGGUUUUGUUAUGACAUGACAUUGGGUUUUCUACUCAAGAUGUCGUUGUUCACUGUAAUCUGGAGUUUUUUAUCCAAGGUGGCUCGUUUUUGUUAUGACAUGACAUUGGGUUUUCUACUCGAGGUGGCUCGGUUUUGUUAUGACAUGACAUUGGGUUUUCUACUCAAGAUGUCGUUGUUCACUGUAAUCUGGAGUUUUUUAUCCAAGGUGGCUCAGUUUUGUUAUGACAUGACAUUGGGUUUUCUACUCGAGAUCAUGAACAUACCUGAAAAAAUAAAUUCAGCAGUGCAGAGAUUGGUUCCAGGAAGGACAAUAAGAAAAAGAGUUGUGGGUUUAUUUUCCCGGGAAGCAGAGGACUCUUACCAUUUCCUCCGUGAGGCCCUGAGAUUCCACGAUGUACUGGUCAGAGAAGUUCGGACAUUCACCAUAACAAACAACGGAGGGUCCAGAUUCAGAGACGAGGUGUCCCAAUGUGACUUUGCCAUUUUGUAUCAUUCCAAGAAACGAGGAAGACUCAACAUCACAGAUGUGACGGAUUCCAUCUAUGACGAGGAACUCAAACAUCUUUCCAAAACACUAGGUAAGGAGAAUGUGCUUGUGGUUGCCGAUGACCUGGACUCCACCACUCAAGGGGACAAGGCGAAGAUACUCAACAGUCAGCCUCUAAUCCAGGAAAGGGCCCGAGACCUCAUUCUCUUCAGAUCAGAUAAGAAUACAUAUAACAAAGAGACACAAGAGAAGAUCAAUAAAAUACUAUCACAUAUAGGUUGAAAGACACAAGCCUAUCGCCAUCUAUAAAGCCACAUCACCAAGCUGCUGCAGCGAUCAGAGAGAGUCUCGUCUGCCUCUAGGAACCUUCCACAUUUAGGACCUGCACUCCACCCUGAAGAACACCAGCUUUGGAGAUCUGCCUCUGCCGCCUCUGCUUUGUAUGGACUCUUGCUUGAGCAGGUAUGCUGCGGCAGCCACAAACCUGAGUUAGGGAUUCGUUUUGGGGAAAUACUGUGCACUUUGUUUUGAAACUGUUAUGCUGAGAGUUUCAGUAAAGAUUUUGAAACCUUA